AUAGGAUUUGUCCUUCUCGGCCACCGUAUGAUGUCGUGGCGUUUCCCUAUGUGUAGAGACUAGACCUCUGAUUAUUUUUAAACUUUUCAUUGUUUAAUUCUUCGGAAUAUACUGUGGACAUUUUCGGCUUCAGUGAGUAAGGAUGAGACGCGCUGGUUUGGGUGAAGGAGGCUCCGGGAAUUAUGUGGCGAGUGGCUACAGUGUUUAUGAGGAGGAAAAUGAUCAUUUACAGGAGGGACUGAGAGCUAAAGUCAGCGCCUUGAAAAGUCUGACUAUUGAUAUUGGAACAGAGGUUAAAUACCAGAAUAAGAUGUUGGAAGAUAUGGACUCGGACUUUGAUUCUACAGGCGGACUGUUGGGAGCCACCAUUGGCAGAGUAAAGCAGCUGUCCAGAGGGAGCCAGACCAAACUGCUCUGCUACAUGCUGCUCUUCUGCCUUUUUGUCUUCUUUGUCCUCUACUGGUUCAUCAAGCUGAGGUGAUAAGAGCAUCUUGUUGGACUUUGCCCCUUAGCUCCACGUCUUCAUUCCCAUUCACUAGCAGCUCUGACCUAAAAAAACACUUGUUCAAUUGGUUAGGUGGGGAUUUUUUUCUUUCGAGCAUCAUUUUGUUUCCUGAUGUCCCCUAAAUGAGCCAUGAAAGGGCUUGAAAUAGAAAAUAGACAAGAAAUAAACUUUGAAAGUGUUCAUCUUUAACAAGGCAAAUGACCCAGGAAAGCACCUUGUAUACCAUUUGUAUACCUAACACAUUAGUAUUUGUGUUGCACAGCUACAGCUCAGUUAUGAUUAAACAAACAGGAUCCACAGUCCAAGAUACAACAGCUGCUGAUGAGUUAUUUUUUGUAAAUGAGGUUAAGGUGGUUUGAGCUGUGGAAUAAUUAAACACAAUUUGGUGUACUUAUGUCAAGGAGGGAGUUGAUAUGGACAGGUUUGAACACAAGUACGGUAAUUACAACUCAUGUUGAUGAGUUUUGGACAGCCAAAUGAAUUAAAGGCUGCCGAUAGUCCUAAAAACCUAAAAUCACAACUAAACAAUUCAGUCUUAAAUGCUGCCAGAGCAAAGUUUCCAUAAUAAAACACAAUUUCAACAUUGUUUUUUGCUAUUUUAAUUCUUCUGCCACUGAUUUACAAACUAUGAGCAUAAACAUUUGUUAUACAAAAUUAUGUCAAUCUUAUUUCAACUGUUCAGUCCCAUAAAUGUGGACACACACAGUGCAGCACAUAAGGGACACGUCUGUAUUACAUCACCUGACAUUGUAAAUCACCACAGAGACCUUCAUUCUUGAGUAAAAAUGUAAAUAAAAACAGAUUUUAUGGCAUCGUUUGUGUUUCCAUGCUGGAUGUGUUCAAAGCGUUUAACAUAACUUCAUCAAUAAAAGAAGCAAA